AUGGGUUCGGCAAAUGUGAGUUUUGCUACCACCAACUUUUCAGGGUAUGUGGGAAAUUUACAAACGUUUGUUAUAAGGCUACCCUUGAAGUAUCCAGAUGCAAAUUUAUUGUCCUUGCUGUCCAAGACUAAGACUAAGACUAAGACAUGGAGUGCAAAUGAUCAAUUUUCACAGAAAUUGGCCAUUUCAGGCCAAUUUCUUGCCUUUUCAGACUCGGCGCUUGUGAAUACCGUUUCCUGUACGAUUUUGAAUGAUUUAAAGACUAUUGUUUUUACCCCCAUUGAAAAUAGGCUCAAUGGUAUAGGGUUGAAAUUCCAAAACUUGCAGCUACAGUUGCCAAACGUUAUCUCGUCAACCAGCUGCGUUAGCUUUUCCAGCAAUGACGACUACAUCUGGUUGGAUAUAAUUGACUCAAACUACUUACUAAUCAGCUUGCAAAUACCACUAGAGAGUUUUAUCGAGCAUAAGAGUUUGUUGUCGUUGACCGAUUUUGAACUUUGGGGUAAGAUAUCUGUCCCCUAUUCCUUUGAAAUGAAAUCUGCGCCUUACUUUAUGAAACUGGUGUCACGGCUGGAUUUGAUAGUUGCGCUUAGAGAUGGAACAAUUCUCUCUUUUCAUCGGAAAAGUGCAUUGAGUGAAGUCACAGUCUCGACAUUUCAUGAGCCCGUGUCGUCGUUUAUUGGUGGGUUCUUUAGUAGCAAAAGGGAAACAGAGAUAAAUGGCAUUUCUUCAAACGCGGUUGUGGAUGUAGUGCAAGUGGGAAACCGUUUGGUUACUUUGUCAGUUAGCAAGGAACUAAAACUUUGGGAUAUGAACAAGCAUCAACUUAUCAGUUGCACAUCCCUAUAUAAAAAACAAGAUUACGAUAUCUGGCUCACUUUAGUUCCAGCGAAAUAUUUACGGUUGAUUUCCACUAAUUGUGGUGAAAAUUUGAUUACAUUUUUUAUUACCACCAAAGCCGGAGACUCUAAAAAGAGUCGGUUUUUAUUCAAAACGUGCAAGUUGGAAAAUAAUACAUUGGAAGAAGUUUCAAAAUUUGAUUUCCAACCAGAAUUACCAAGUGCAUUGUUCUCAUCAUCGGAGAUUUUCUACCACGACUCGACAUUUCAAAAUAAUAUCUGGUUCAUACAAGACUAUGAAGUAGAAUACGGUCAAAGUAAAGAUGAAAACUAUUUGAAAUACCAUAUUUUAUGGAAAUCAAAUACUUCCUCGGUUCUUGUUUCUUAUGAAGUUGAUUUCACCACUGGUUCCAUUGUUCAGGUGGACAUUUCACAACCACCCUUGUAUGUUGAAGAAGAGGAAAUCUUGGCUUCUAAUGACUCGGACUAUUACAUUAGGAAGAUUUUUGAUUCUGGUUGUUUUGAUGACUUAAUCAUCUCGACAUCAAUAUCCAUUUUACGUCAACAUUUAAAAACAAAAGAUAAAGAAAAACGGCAACAGCAACAACAGCAAAAAGAAGAUGAAGAAGAAGAAGAAGAAGAAGUUUACGGUGGCCUUCGGUUAAAUGCUUUGACGUUGAUAGAGUCAAAUUCCAACUCUUUGGCUUCAGAGUCUCCAAGACAGUUGUGGUUUAAGCUCUUUUCAUUAUGUAAAGAGUUUUCCAAAUUAAGUCAAGAAGCUUUUGCAAUCACGCCGUUUAACGAUAUGCAAAUUAUGGUACAAGCCAAUGGUUUUGGAGUUUUUAGACCAUCCAAUUUUUAUGAGUCAAUCAGCUUUAAAAACCUUGAAAGUCCAGAUGGCAAAUUGAUGCAAAUAUUUGCCAAAUUGAAAAAUUCCUUAUCAGUAAAGUCGUAUCAAAAAUUGUAUAAACGGUUGGUCAUAGAAACUGUUGCAUUUGAUGCGGAAAGGGCAAACGGUUUAUUUCAAGAUUUUCUUUUGGGAAAAUUUACUGAUGAAGAAAUCCAAACGAUAUUGCAAGAUUUGGGUAGUAUUCCAGGAGUUUUAGAAAUUAUCAAUUCAUUAGUAUCAGAAGGUGAUGUUCUGAUGGUUGUUGAAUCUUUUACAAGUACAAGUGUUUGUAAACUAGGUGAUUUUUUCAAAUUUAUGGUAUUUCAGAUAUUCAAGGACAUCAUGCAACAACAUAUCACACUUUUGGUAGACUUGGUUGUGCUAUUGCUCAUAUGCGAAGCCAAUGAUGAAAUUUUGAAAAUAGUCAACAGUGCAGUUGAAAGUAUAAGAAAGUACAAUAUUGCCGAAACAAUCUUUGACACCUGCUUUACUUCAUCGUCACUUGAUGCUCCCGUUGAUACCGAAAACGUUGGUAAUAUGAAGUACUCACUAUUCUGGCAUGUUUUUGCUCUGAAGGAAACCAAUAAGAAAUUGAAUGAGUUGAUAAGCAGUUUGAAAAUCAACGACGCGUAUCACUAUUUUUACAAUGAAACGCUAUCUGAAGGAAAUGGUUACAUUGUUGACGCAGUAAUUAUAUUGAUUAACCACAAUCAGGGCACCUAUUUGAAAACAUAUUUCUUGGAUAAACUAUCAAGCUCAAGAGCUGAUGAGAAUUUUUUAAUUGGAUUGAUUUAUCUACUAACAGACAAUGCAAAAGAAUUCUUCAAAGCUUUUGAGGACUACAAUCAAGUUGAGAAUAUCGAUAUAAAAAGGUUGAAUGGUUUAAAGGAAAGAAAAGAAAAUGCGGCCUUUUUAAGCACGUUUCAAACCACCGUGCCAUCAAAAUCGGAGUAUUACCAUGCAUUAUCCAUUUUGUGUCUAUCUCAAAUCAAACAAUCACCCAAACCAACUGAGAUUGAAAGACAAUACAUUGAUACGGCAUUGAAAUUUGAGCAAUUGGCUAUUGAGAACACGACAUCUAAAUUUAUAACACAAGAGUAUUAUUCAAAUGUAUUUGAUCUAGCACUAUUGAAUUCUGAUUAUCAACUAGUUAUCGAAUCAUUGAAUCGUCUAUCUAAAACUCACAAGUUACGAUUGUUACUUGAGCGAUUCAUUCACAAGCUUAUCCAAGAACUGAAAAUUAAGUUAAUCUUCCCAUCAUCGCAUAAUUCCAAUCGAUUCUUUCAGGAUCAUUAUAACAUGAUUUGCUCAAUCAUUUCUGAGUAUGCUUCAACGCAACCUAUGUUUGCAUCAUUGCGAAUAUAUGAGUAUUUGUAUAGCUGGAGAUUAUUUGGAUGUGUCAAUUCCCAACAAGAGUUUGGUGAUAAGAGGGGUGCUAUUGAAGCAUUGUAUCACUUCAUUACAAGAUUUAAAGAUGAAACUACCACUAUUGAAAAAAGAGUCAAGUUGAAAAUAUUGGAGCUAUACAUGAUUAUUUUGAAUUGUAUGAAAACGUUCCCAGAGAAAGAUCAAUGGUUGGUUAAGCAGUUGAAAGAUUGUAGAGAAAUCAUUAAGAUUGAUCAAUUGAAAAUUGAAUAUUUGGAAUGGAUGAAGAAUUUAGAUGAUGAAUUAUCUAUAAUAGGCUAA